AGUAUGGUGGCGGCAAUGCUAUGGCGUUUCCGCUACUCCGCUGCUUUCGUGCCAUCGGGAUAGGAAGCUAGCAAGAAGGGCUAAGCUAGCGUCGCGUUAGGCCUCCGGUAGACCAGCGGGAGAGCUGCUAAGAAUCCUCUAUUUGGAAGGAGGCAAAACAUCCCUUUAUGAAUCUGCAUGAGAAGAAGUCAAAUCCCUGAAAUAUGGUGGUUCUCAAAAUCCGAGACCAGCCUGCUUUGCUGAAAGCUAUUUUCAAUGUGGAUCCGGAUGAAGUACGCUCACUCAUAUUCAAAAAAGAGGAUGUGAAUGCACAGGACAUUGAGAAGCGGACUCCGUUGCAUGCUGCCUCUUAUCUUGGUGAUGCAGAAAUUAUAGAGCUGCUGAUUCUUUCAGGUGCCAGAGUAAAUGCCAAAGACAACAAGUGGCUCACUCCUCUGCACCGGGCCGUGGCCUCCUGCAGUGAGGAGGCUGUCCAGGUGUUGCUAAAACAUUCUGCAGACGUCAAUGCCCGAGACAAGAACUGGCAGACGCCGCUUCACAUCGCCGCCGCCAAUAAAGCUGUCCGCUGUGCCGAGGCUCUCGUCCCACUGCUCAGCAAUGUGAAUGUGUCAGAUAGAGCCGGCCGGACCGCGCUGCACCACGCGGCCUUCAGCGGUCAUCUGGAGAUGGUGAGGCUGCUGCUCUCCCGAGGAGCAAACAUCAAUGCCUUUGACAAGAGGGAUCGCCGUGCAAUCCACUGGGCAGCCUACAUGGGACACAUAGAAGUGGUGAAGCUGCUGGCAUCUCAUGGAGCUGAGGUGGCCUGCAAAGAUAAGAAAUCGUACACCCCCCUUCAUUCAGCAGCCUCCAGUGGAAUGAUCAGCGUUGUCAAAUACCUCCUGGACUUGGGGGUGGACAUCAAUGAGCCCAACGCGUACGGCAACACGCCCCUCCACGUGGCGUGCUACAACGGGCAGGACGUGGUGGUGAACGAGCUCAUCGUGUGCGGCGCUCACGUAAACCAGGUGAACGAGAAGGGCUUCGCGCCUCUCCAUUUCACCGCCGCUUCACGCCACGGGGCCCUCUGUCUGGAGCUCCUCGUGUGUAACGGGGCUGAUGUCAACAUUAAGAGUAAAGAUGGUAAGACUCCCCUCCACAUGACCGCCAUUCACGGGAGGUUUUCUAGGUCUCAAGCAAUCAUUGAGAAUGGGGCUGAGAUUGACUGUGAAGAUAAAAACGGAAAUACGCCGUUACACAUUGCAGCUCGAUAUGGACACGAGCUCCUCAUCAACACCCUCAUCACCAACAGAGCUGACACGGCAAAGCGAGGCGUUCAUGGUAUGUUCCCACUUCAUUUGGCUGCUCUCAGUGGAUUCUCUGACUGCUGCCGAAAGCUGCUGUCUUCAGGCUUUGAUAUUGAUACACCUGAUGACUUUGGAAGGACCUGUUUACAUGCUGCAGCUGCUGGAGGGAACCUGGAAUGUCUCAAUCUUCUCCUCAACACGGGAGCAGACUUUAACAGAAAGGACAGCUUUGGCAGGACCCCUCUGCACUAUGCUGCUGCCAACUGUAACUACCAGUGCCUGUUUGCUCUGGUGGGCUCCGGGGCCAGCGUCAAUGACCUCGACGAGCGGGGCUGCACUCCUCUCCACUACGCCGCCGCCUCCGACACGGAUGGAAAGUGCAUGGAAUAUUUACUGCGGAAUGAUGCAAAUCCAGGGAUCCGAGACAAUCAGGGCUACAAUGCUGUGCACUACGCCUCUGCGUACGGACACCGACUCUGUCUGGAGCUGAUUGCAAGUGAAACGCCUCUGGAUGUGCUAAUGGAAACCUCAGGGACCGACAUCCUGAAUGAAUCCGAUGUCAGAGCCCCCGUCAGCCCCUUACACCUCGCGGCAUACCACGGUCACCAUCAUGCCAUGGAGGUUCUGGUGCAGUCUCUGCUGGAUCUGGAUGUGAGAAACAGUCACGGGCGCACACCCCUCGACCUGGCUGCCUUUAAGGGCCAUGUAGAGUGUGUGGACGUCCUAAUCAACCAGGGAGCCUCCAUCCUGGUCAAAGACUUCACCUUAAAGCGAACGCCCAUCCAUGCUGCAGCGACUAAUGGUCAUUCCGAAUGUUUGCGUCUGCUGAUUGGAAAUGCUGAUCUUAAAAGUGCAGUGGACAUUCAAGACGGGAACGGACAAACCCCCUUGAUGCUGUCGGUCCUGAGUGGACACACCGAUUGUGUUUAUUCUCUACUAAAUAAGGGAGCCAAUGUAGAAGCCAAAGACAAGUGGGGCAGGACAGCCCUCCAUAGAGGAGCGGUGACCGGUCACGAAGAGUGCGUGGAGGCCUUGCUUCAGCACAGCGCCAACUUCCUAGUGCGAGACUGUAAAGGGCGCACACCGAUCCACCUGUCCGCAGCAUGUGGACACAUUGGGGUACUGGGAGGCCUGCUGCAUGCUGCCCAAUCAGUGGAAACACUACCUGUCUUAACAGACAACCAAGGCUACACCCCACUGCACUGGGCCUGCUACAAUGGUCAUGACACAUGCGUGGAGGUUUUGCUGGAACAAGAAGUUUUUCACAAGGCCGAAGGAAGUUCUUUCAGCCCCCUCCACUGUGCUGUAAUCCAUGACAACGAAGGUGCUGCGGAGAUGCUGAUUGACACACUGGGCUCUGCCAUUGUCAAUGCCAAAGACAGUAAAAACCGGACUCCACUACAUGCAGCAGCCUUCACUGACCACGUGGAGUGUCUCCAGCUGCUGCUGAGCCACAACGCUCAGGUCAACAGUGUCGAUGCUGCAGGGAAAACCUCGCUCAUGAUGGCUGCUGAGAAUGGCCAGACCAACGCAGUUGAACUACUGGUGAGCAGUGCAAAAGCAGAUCUCACUCUGCAGGAUGCUGUGAAGAACACUGCACUUCAUCUGGCCUGCAGUAAGGGACAUGAAACCAGUGCCUUGUUGAUAUUGGAGAAGAUUACAGACAGAAACCUCAUAAACGCGACCAACGCCGCCUUACAGACGCCUCUACACGUGGCUGCAAGAAAUGGUUUAACAGUGGUGGUGCAGGAGCUGCUUGCAAAGGGAGCGAGCGUUCUUGCAGUCGAUGAGAACGGUUACACUCCCGCCUUGGCUUGUGCCCCAAACAAAGACGUGGCAGACUGCCUCGCCCUCAUCCUGGCCACCAUGAUGCCUGUGUCCCCCUGCGCCCCGGCACCCAUCCUCCCUUUCAGUGCCAUUAACCACUACACCACCAGCCCCUCCAAGAGCAUCACCUUCGACAGCCUGCCAGUGCUGCGCGGCGAGCAAAGUACCUACUGCAGCUUCAACAACAUCAGCCAUCAAGACGGGCCCUACAAGGACGAGGAGCUGAAUGACUCUGACUCAGAGACGUACUGAGGGACAGGGUCGUUUCAAUGCAUAAACACACACACACUGUGUCUUAAAAAUCACCCACCGCCAGCUUGGGAGGGAAGAAGAAGAAGAAGAUGAAGGAAAAGCGCCCACAGGAGCCUUAAGAGUGGUUGUCCCCCCCCCCCCCACCCCCUUUCCACACACACACACACACACACACACACAUCGGGGAGAGGGAGAAGGUGCAGCACGUUGGCCCACACAUCCCGACCUCAUUCAGCACCAGGUGUCCUUCAGCUGAUACUGGACCUCAGUAACUGCUGCUUUCCACACAUAGACUUUCUGAGUGCUAAAAACUGUCCUUCUCAGGCGGACAGCGACUUUUGUACGGCAAUAAAAUGCUGAAGGACGGUAGCACUUCACAAAGAGCUAAACCGACCGGGACCAAAAGGCAUGGGUGUGUUUUAACCCAGUUUUAACUGUGUAAAUGAGAUGAGAAUUUCGGGGGUUUAUUGGGAGCAAAAAGAGCCGGUUUGCAUCUGUGGUGUUUCCGUGACAGAAGGUUGGUCCCUGCACAUCACACCCAUCAGAUUGCACUUGUCCUUCAAGUCUGUAAGUCAUACAGGCGGAAAAUCAUUUAUUUUUUUGAGAUCAAAAAUUUUAAUACACCCCCUGUUCAUGUCUUAAACUCGUUAACCUCUAAUAAGAAAUCUGACCUGAGUAAUUUGAAAACAUUUGAUAUGUGCGGCAGGUUAGUUUUAAGUUGAUCUAGCAUACCUUUGUAUAUUGACCUGUCCAUUGCAGUUUAGUCUUUCAAGAAUAAAUUAUUUGUGUAAUUUUGCUUCCUAUUUAUGUGUUCAUUUUGUGCCUUCAUUAGUUACUGAAAAAAGAUGAGUUUGUUGAGGCAGCUGUGACAGUACAGUGAUGCGUACUGGGUAAGUAAUGGAACAUUUCUAAGAAGCACUGAUCCUGUACGGAGGUAUUUGAGCUGAGCUUUGUGAGAAACACUGUAAACCAAUGAUAGGAAAGCGUUGAUUUUCUUUUGUUUGAAUGAUAUUCUUUGCUAUUAGUCAAUGUUUGAUGACAGGUUUUGCUGGCUUUAACCUAAAAGAAGAAGAAAAAAAAGGAAACCAGUCAAUCCUACCAUGAUUCAAAUCUUUCCUUUUCUCUCUGUUGAAAUAUACUUUUAACUGGAAAUAUGUACAAUACAUUUGCUAGCUUCUGUCGAAUGGAUUUUCUUUGUCUUUUCAUGGCUUUUUCUUGAAGAGGGAUGAAACUAGCAUGUAUAUAGAAAGUAUUACUGUGAAUUCGAUGCUCCAAUGAAUUCUUUCAGUAAUCAGAUUGCUGUAUAUUUUAUGAGUAAUAAAGAAAUGAGUUAUUUAAUAAUGAA